AUGGACGACCCGGCAGAAUGGAGCGUUGUGCGUAUCGUGCAAGAGCUCUGUACGACGGAAGGGUCGCGUCGACUGCGAGAUGGCGAUUUCAGUCUGCCUGAUAAUUUUGAAGAACGAAUACGCUACUACGAGAUCGACGGUAAGCAGCUGGUACACGAGAUUAAGGACCACAGACGUCAAGACCUCUUCUUUCAAGCCAUGGACAUCGACAAGUUUACCCACAAACCAUACCUCCUCAACGCGAUCGAGAAACUGCGGUGUGAGAGCCAGCAGAUGAGCGCCGACUCGCAGCUAGCCACGAGGAAGUAUAGUAGUGCUGGUGAGGAAGCGGGAGGCAUAAACGCUACGGCAGAGAAGAGACGGAAGAUACAGCCGCAAGCUGUGGUCAUAAAAGAGGGCAUGAUCGAGCAGGGUCACCAACUAGACGUGUACCUUGGGAAUAGCAGUCUCGGGAGCUACGACGUUCUUUAUCCUAACAACACCGAUGAAGCAAAGCGCUAUACCUUAUAA